GCGCCGCGCUGCAGUGUCGUAUAGCGUGUGUCACCGCUUCCUGAAAUAGGCCGGGGUUCAAAGGUUUCCACCAGCGCUCGCGUAAGUCCGCCGCUGGUGUUUGAUCAUAAGCGCAGAGCGACGGGCCGAUGUCUGAGACGCAAACACGCAGCCUGUCCAGCAGGCAGAGGUGCCCGCGGGCCUCGGGCCUGGAGAGCGUGGCGCCGCUGGUGCGCUCCGGCGCGGAGACGCCCGAUCCCGUCCCCGCCGCCGUCACAGGAACCAUUCCGGCCUGGAUCAACGGGAGCCUCCUGAGAACCGGCCCUGGGAAGUUUGAGUUCGGAGCAGACCGAUACACCCACUGGUUCGAUGGGAUGGCCUUGAUGCAUCGCUUCCAUAUCAGCGAGGGCCAUGUCGCGUACAGCAGCCGCUUCCUGCAGAGCGACUCCUUCGUCUCCAACUCGGAGAAGAACCGCAUCGUGGUGUCGGAGUUUGGGACAGUGGCGACGCCCGACCCAUGCAAAAACAUCCUGGCCCGAUUCUUCUCCCGCUUUCAGAGUCCCAAGCCCACAGACAACGCCAACGUGAACUUUGUCAAGUACAAAGGAGACUAUUACGUGAGCACGGAAACCUGCUACAUGAGGAGGAUCGACCCGCAGAGCCUGGAGACCAAGGAGAAGGUGGACUGGACCCGGUACGUGGCCGUGAGCGCCGCCACGGCCCACCCGCACUACGACCCGGACGGCGCCGCCUACAACAUGGGCAACUCCUACGGCACGAGCGGUUUCUUCUACAACAUCGUCCGCGUGCCCCCCGGCGGCGGCGCGGCGGCGGCGUCCGCGGACCUGUCGGGGGCCUCGGUGAUCUGCUCCAUCCCCGCAGCCGAACCCAGGAAGCCGUCCUAUUAUCACAGCUUUGCCAUGUCAGAGAACUACAUUGUGUUCAUCGAGCAGCCAAUCAAGCUGGACCUGCUGAAGUUCAUGCUGUACAGGAUCCAGGGAAAGAGUUUUCAUAAAGUCAUGUCCUGGGAGCCUCAGUGUGAAACCGUCUUCCACCUCGUCAACAAGCACAGCGGCGAGCUCCUCGCUGCUUCCUGCUUCUCGUCCCGUCAGGUGAGCGCGGUGAAGUACCGGGCGGCGGCCAUGUUCACGCUGCAUCAGAUCAACGCUUUCGAGGACGACGGGUUCCUGGUGAUGGACAUGUGCUGUGGGGACGACGGGCAGGUGAUCGCAGAUUACACGCUGGAGAACCUCCGCAGAGCUGAGGGCGAGGAGCUGGACAAGUUUUACAACUCACUGUGCAGAAACCUCCCAAGGAGAUACGUCCUGCCCCUGAACGUGGAUGAAAACACCCCUCUGGACCGAAACCUUGUCACCCUGAGGAGCUGCACAGCCACGGCCGUGAAGACGAGCCCAGGAGAGGUUCGCGUGACUCACGAGGAGCUCCACGACGAUGCGCUGCUGCGGUACGGCGGCCUCGAGUUCCCCCACAUCAACUACGAGCAGCGCAACGGCAAACCCUACCGCUACUUCUACGCCUGCGGCUUCGCACACGUCAUCGGCGACUCCCUGCUCAAGAUGGAUGUCCACACCAAGGAGCUCAAGGUGUGGCGUUAUCCCGGCUUCUACCCGUCUGAGCCUGUCUUUGUUGCUUCGCCCAGAGCUACGGAGGAAGAUGAUGGAGUGGUCUUGUCAGUCAUCAUCACACCCAGACAAGAGAAUCGCACUUUCCUACUCGUCCUGGAUGCCAGGUCCUUCACUGAGCUGGCCAGAGCCGAGGUCCCUGUAAACAUCCCAACCGGGACCCAUGGUGUGUUUAAUAAAACGGGAUAGAUGUGCCACCGGUCGCAACUUAGUGCUACAACAGGAAAAUAAACAAGGCGGAUAGUGA